AUCACUGUACCUUCCAUAGGGAGCCUCUGAUGUCAAUUUCAAUUGAACCAGCAAUAAAAUUACAUCGUCACCACAGCAGAAGAGCAGAGCAUUUAUAUUAAUCUGAAUUUAGAUUCAUCUCUUAAAAGGGAAAAGCGGUGAAAAUGAAGACUCCUUUUAAUUUGCUUGCCAUGAUCUUGUUUUUUUCCCACAACGGUGCUUCUGCUACUGAACAAAGACAUGUGCUUGACGGAGAAACUCUCACUUUAGAAUCCAGUAAAACAAGCACAGAUGAUUUAAUGACGUGGUACUUUAAUUACAUUCACAUCGCUGAAAUCAAUGGAAGCAUGAGUAAUAUCUGUACAGACGAUCAGUGUAAAGAGAGAUUCAGAGACAGACUGAAGCUGGAUCAAGAGACUGGAUCUCUGACCAUCAUGAACAUCAGCAUCACAGACACUGGAGUUUAUAAACUACAGAUCAUCAGCAGUAACGGCAGUUCUUGUAUCUCCAGACUGAAGACGUUCAAUGUCACUGUCUUUUGUGCUUCUGCUACUGAACAAAAUCAACUGAGACACGUGAUAGAUGGAGAAACUCUCACUUUAGAAUCCGGUGAAAUAACAAGGACAGAUGAUUUAAUGACGUGGUACUUUAAUUACAUUCCCAUCGCUGAAAUCAAUGGAAGCGUGAGUAAGAUCUGUACAGAUGAUCAGUGUAAAGAGAGAUUCAGAGACAGACUGAAGCUGGAUAAUCAGACUGGAUCUCUGACCAUCAUGAACAUCAGCAUCACAGACACUGGAGUUUAUAAACUACAGAUCAUCAGCAGUAACGGCAGUUCUUGUAUCACCAGAUUGAAGACGUUCAAUGUCACUGUCUUUUGUGCUUCUGCUACUGAACAAAAUCAACUGAGACACAUGAUAGAUGGAGAAACUCUCACUUUAGAAUCCGGUGAAACAACAAACACAGAUCAUUUAAUGACGUGGUACUUUAAUUACAUUCCCAUCGCUGAAAUCAAUGGAAGCGUGAGUAAGAUCUGUACAGACGAAAAAGAGAGAUUCAGAGACAGACUGAAGCUGGAUCUUCGGACUGGAUCUCUCACCAUCACGAACAUCAGAACCACAGACUCUGGACUUUAUAAACUACAGAUCAUCAGUAGAAAUGGCCGUUUUUGUAGACUGAGAAGGUUCAAUGUCGCUGUCUUUUUUCCUGCAGUUGGGAUAUGUGUUAUUGCUGUUUUACUGCUGAUGGUCGCGACUGUAUCUGCUGGUGUGGUUUACUGUCGCCAAAAGAAAUAUAAGCCGGAAAUAAAGAAACUGAGAAUGAUGUUAAUAUCUCGCCGCCGAAUCCGAAAGACGUUGCUGAGGGGACUCGGCAUGACGUUAAAUCAGACUCACGACGAGGCCGCUUAUAAAAUCAUUUGUGUGUCUGGCGUUGGAUCAGAUGUAGUCCCAGUGUCUCUGAAGGAGGGAGAUUCAGUUAUUUUUGACACUGGUGUUAAAACAAAACAACAAGAAGAUAUUAAAUGGUACUUUUAUGACACUCGCAUCGCUCAGAUCAGUGGAGAUCUCAUUCACGCCUGUACAGACGUUCAGUGUAAAGAUAGCGACGAGAGAUUCAGAAACAGACUUAAGCUGGAGAAUCAGACCGGAUCUCUGACCGUCAUGAACAUCACAAACACAGACUCUGGACUCUAUGAACUGAAGAUCAUCAGCAGCACAAGCAGCAGUGAAAAAAUCUUCAAUGUUACCGUAAAUGGUGUUUCUGCUUCUGAAAUGAAGACCAAGUCAGUGAAGGGUGGAGAAUGUGUUACUUUAGAAUCCGAAAAAACGCGAAACCUGAAUGAUGGGAUGACGUGGUAUUUUAAUGAGACUCUCAUCGCUGAAAUCACUGGAGAUCAGAGUCAGAUCUGUGCAGAUGAUGAGUGUAAAGAGAGAUUCAGAGACAGAUUGAAGCUGGACAAUCAGACUGGAUCUCUGACCAUCAUGAACAUCAAGACUACAGACUCUGGACUUUAUAAACUACAGAUCUUCAGCAGCAGCAGCUUCAGCGUCAUUAGAGUGAAGACACUCAGUGUAACAGGCAUUGUUGUUCCAGAUCCAGGUCUGUCUUCAGCUGCUGUAGGAGGAAUAGUUGUUCUUGCUGUUGUUCUUCUGGUGGCUGCUGCUGCUGUAGUUGUUGGUGUGUUUUACUGUCGCCGCAAGAGACAUACACCAGUACCACAGAAUGAUGAAGGUCUGUAGAUGAGGAUUAGUAACUAACCGCUGAACCUCCUUGAAUAAAACAAGUAUGACUGAUCGGUCUUGACAUUUCAGUUAUGUCCUGCUUACAUUCACUGAUUGCUGAGAGAACGGACCAGUGCCGGUCACUUGAAGAAUACAUGCUAAAGACAGCGGUAAACGGUCUUUAAAGCAAUACAUGUGAUUCUAAAAUGUCUUUGUGUGUUAUUAGAAAUAAAAAAUAGCUCACACAGGGUUAAGUUUAUACUGCAGCCUGCUGAUCGCUGGCACCUGUGUUUGUUUUUGCUAUCAUUGCCAUCUCUUUCUAUUGUUCAUCGUUCUGCGCAGUUGGUGUUUUAUGCAUACCACACCCUUUUGAACAAUCUGCACUCCAUUCAGAAAGAAGACAAGCGAUAAAAACAUGUUUUCGCCCCUUCAAGCUACAGCCCCAGUCAGUUUCUCAACUGUUCCUGUGAAAACAAAGCUUUUCGAAACUUCAAAUCAAUUACAACAAAUGCUUCUUAAAAGGACUCCUUUGAAUCGAUCGAAGCUGGUGAC